AUGCCUAAGUCGGCUGUUCACGUAGAAUUCAGCGUGCUUACAAGCGACAGGCUGAAGAUCCGCUUUUCCCCUUAUCACGUCGCUAUAUUGGAUGCGAUCAAGACCAUACCAUCUCGCGCUUACGACGCAAAGGAUCGUACGUGGAGCCUAAAUUUGCGGGAACUGAAAAAAUGCGAGGAAGCUCUCAAAAGUUUGACGGCUGUUGAUGUCUCCAUAGAGCCUGUUCCUGAUAAUGUACUGAGACUGCUAACCGACAGUGAAGCAAAGCACGUUGUUCCCACCGAUCUGUCUCUAAUUAUGGAUCCAGCCCUGAUUGAGCGGCUUUUUCCAUUCCAAAAACUUGGAGUCACAUUCGGCAUCGAGAGGGGUGGACGCUUACUGCUUGCGGAUGAAAUGGGACUCGGUAAAUCUGUUCAAGCGCUUACAUUGGCUCGGUAUUAUAAGGCAGAAUGGCCCCUACUGAUUGUUUGUCCGUCCUCCGUCAAGAGUGCAUGGAAGAUGCAAAUCAACAAAUUUUUCCCCAUCAUCCAGAAUUUGUACCUUAUCGAUAAAGGAACGGAUGUACUCCCUACGGCUCGCACGUCCAAUACGGUAGUGAUUAUGAGUUAUGACCAGAUGGUUAUGAAGAAGAAAGAAUUAGAGGCUGCCUGCUACUAUGUUAUCAUAUUUGAUGAAUCUCAUAUGUUGAAGGAUGGGAAAGCAAAGCGAACUCAAGUAGCGUUCUCGUUAUCAAGAAAAGCAUCGCGUGUAAUUCUCCUAUCCGGCACCCCCGCUCUUUCUCGGCCAGCUGAACUGUUUUCACAAAUUCGAUUGGUAAAUGAGCGGCUGUUCCCUAAUUUCCAACAGUUUGCCAUUCGUUACUGUGACGGAAAGCAGGGAAGAUUCUGUUUUGAGGCCAAAGGGUGUACUAACAGCGAAGAACUGACCGCUAUCCUGUUGAAAAGAGUAAUGAUACGUCGACUAAAAUCGCAAGUUCUUCGCGACUUACCAGAUAAGAGGAGAGAGGUGGUCUACUUGUCUGGCGACAAAAUUGAUUCGCGUAUGAGCAGCUUACAAAAGGCAAAGAGGGCAUUUGAGACGAAUAAACAAGUGACGGAUGGGAGAGGGCCAAACGAAUGUUUACUCGAAUACUUCAGUCUGACAGGCAUUGUCAAGGCAGCUGCUGUUUGUUCACAUAUUCUCGACAAUUACUUCUACCCAGAUGCCCCUAAAAAGAAAGUGUUAAUCUUUGCACAUCAUCAAAUUGUUCUCGAUACAGUUCAAGUGGAAGUACAAAAACGGAACCUGAAAUCGGUAAGAAUUGACGGACAGACAUCGUCGAAAGAGCGGGGGAAUCUUUGCCAAGCAUUUCAGGUAUCUUAUUUAUUCAUUUGACA